UUGAGGCGCUGAAAAUACCACUUGUCAACCCGAGCACGUGUAGCGCAGACUCUCCGUUUUCAACGCACCGCAUGAAUGAACGUCAUCGAAAGCCUGCGAGUCUUGCCACACAUCUGUCCCACCGUCGUCGUGGUUGCUACCUCUGGGUCGGCGGCAGCUCGCGAUGGACGAUGUACGGGCCAUGCUGAGUUUCGAUGCCUCGUGUGUGCGGCGCAAGGCAGUGAACAAGCUGCUGCAGCAGAUCGACCGCCAGCUGAAGCCAGGUGACGUUCCCUUGUCAGCUGACGCUGCAAAGAGGAUCCCUGAACUGGAACUGCUGGUGGAACAGUGUGGUGGACAGCCAGAGUGUUGUGAGGCGCUAGUCUCCCUGGUGGUGGCUGGACAGCUGGAAUGGCGCUUUGCUCUUGGCCAGCUCCUUGGUGCAUGCACUGCCGAGGCUGACCGACAGCCAAGUAGUGCCGUUGCAGCUGUGGGUCGACUGCUGACCUUGCACAUGCGUGGAGUGCUCCAAGCUGAUGCCUACCGCUGCCCCUUUGCGCUCAGGAGCCACCCAUUGGUGUUAGUGCUUCGGGAGCGACCAGACUGUUGGGAUGCUGUUCUGCAGACUGUCCAGGAAGCACUUGACGAGUGCAGCACAGGUCAAAAGGAGGCCCUGCUGGAGCUACUGCGUCCUCUGCUGCUCCACUGCUUGGUUGGACCCAUCCAACCGACCGAACACAGAGCACUUCGGAUGUGGCUGUGGCUAGCUCUGGCUCAGCACUGGCCUCGUUGGCUUGGUGCACUACUGCCCUGGAUGCCCCUCUGCAGUGUGGGCGUGCGGUGGCAGCUGCAGGUGUUGGAGCAGCUUCUGGUGAGGGUGGCCCCACCCAAUGACAGCUACUGCGCCUUGCAAUCGCUGGCUGCCUGCCUGCUGGCCUUGGAUGUUAAACUCAACUGCCGACCAGUGCUUCAGGCUCUGCUGAAAUGUCUGCGCUCCCAGACACGGGAAGAUGUGGGUGCACGGCCGGUGUGGGACGCCUGCCUGGUCCUGGUGGCUGCACUUCUCACUCGGGCUCCCACCUCUUCCUGCCUGGCUGUGCUGUUGGACGUCUGUGAUACUCUGCUGGGGGAAUGUUCGGAAGGUGUGGUGCGCUGCUUGGUGCUGCCCCUGUGCCAACUUCCCCAAGGGUUGCAGGGACGUGCGGCUGCCCUGCUGGCUCGGCUGACCUCGACUGGCAGUGAGGAGGAGUGCUCGCCAUGCACUGCUCCCUCGGCACUGCCGUCCAGCCAUCCGCUCGUGGCCGGGGCCCUGUGGGCUGCACGAUGUCUGCCUGUUUCACCCACUGCUUGCUUGGAGCGUUGGCGUUGCCUUCGAUGUGUACUGCCUGGUCGGGAUGGAGCCCUGUUGAGUCUACUUGUGGCAUCCUCGACCCUUGUUGGCAGCAGGACACCAAGCGAGGCACAGCUAUCCCUGGAAUUGCUUCGACAAGAGGUCGACGCAUGCGCCCAGUUGAGUCCAAGUGUGCUGCCACUGCUGCUGUACGUGCUUGGCCGGAGCCACUGUCCAACCACUCUGACCCUGGUACUCCGCUCACUUGCCGACACGGCUGACCACAAGUAUGCCCUGGGCCCCUUGUGGAGUGGCAUUCGUGCCCUUUCGGCACACCACCCAGUCUUGGCGUCUAUGCUGCUGCCCAGUCUGGCCACCCUGUGUCUGAGGCAACCCCAGGCUCUUCCUCUGCUGCUGCAAAUGCUGGGGGAUUCACCCGACAAGACUGACGACAGCCUGGCUCUGGCCAAGGCACAAGCCAUCGACAUUCUCCUGCAGCACAGUGCUUCUCAACAUGGGGCCAACCUGCUGAAGCCCCUGGUCUCCCUGGUGGCCAGUUGUCGUACCGACCGACAAGGGGCAGCAGUGGUGCUGGCACUUCGUUGCCUCCAGCAACUCUGCACAGCCGAGGUGGUGAAUGUGAGGACAACGCUCUCCUCGGUUGUGCCCAAGCUGUGGAAAGACGACCGGCCCCUGGUUUUGCGUGCUGUGUGUGAAUUGAUGUCCGUGGUGCCCAUGGUGUCAGUGCCUACGGUGGAGUAUGAACGCUACGAACAGGACACCGCGGGCCGCCUCUGGCGACUGGCUGUGACACCAGACGCUGCUGCGGUAGUGCGGGGAGGGGCCUUCCGGGCCCUUGCAGCUUUCCCAGCCACCUGCCACUCUCUCAAGCACAUGCCUGCUGAGGCCAAGGUGAACCUGAAAGUUCCUGCCUCCAAGACUCCCAUGGACCUGGGUCGCUCGCCCGAGGAGCUGUUGACCUACACCCCGGGACACUGCUUCCUCGACCUGCUGGUGACCAUUGAGGAUGAGCAAGUCUUGCAUGACUACGGGCAGCUGCUGUCAUCGCUGGUAAAGCACGAGGUGUCGCAGCUUCCGCGCUCGGUGUACACGACAUCCCGCGUGGCCCCGUCUGCCAGCAGCAGUGAGGCAUCUGCGCGCACCAGCAUCGGAGCCCAACUGUGCACCUUGUACGAGGCCAACCGUUUCCCAGCCAUCCAGGGAAGCCUCGCCGUGGGCACAUUGCUGACAUAUGAGCCUCCUGCCACAUCGAGAGCGAAACCUGGCUCCACUCUACAUGAAGGCUACAUGCGCUUGCUGCCCUCCCUGCUUCAGGACGUACCAGUGGAUGGGGCUGACUGGGCGCGAUGCCUGGCUGUCACUCCAGCAUGGGGUGCCUGGGUGCGGCGUGCCUUCCGUGCAGCUGAGGAGGCCCGCCGGCGUGAGCUCAAAGACGAGGCUGAGGCUGAGGCCACCUCCUGGCUCUGGGCCCGGGACACUCUGACGGACGCAAUCAAGGCAAAUUGCACAGGCCGUGCUUCGCAGCAGGGAAAUGCCCUCCUAGCCCUUUGCGCCCUGCUGGAGGCCACCACUGAGCAUCUGCAGGGUUUGGACACGGGGGCACGGCGACAGGCUGCACGCAAUCACACUGCGUGGGCACAUGCCCUGCUCGACCUGGUGUCGCAGUGCUGUGGCCUGAUUCGAGAGGAGCCUCCGGACCGGACUCACUCUUUCCAAUGGCUGCUCAAGGCAUCGAGUGGGAUGCUGGUGCGUGGCUGUGCGUCCACGGCUGUGGGAGGGCUGUUGGGUCUGCUGCACCGGCGUGACCCCCAUUGUGUGGUGCCCCUGCUGGAGGCACUGGCCGAGCGGUUGCUGGCAGCCGAGGGGGGUCCCACGGGACAGGUGCUCACUGGCGCCGGACUUGCUGCAUGUGUCGCGGCUGCAGUGCGCCUUGGCCUCGUGGAUGCUGCCUCAGAUGCCGGAGUGCGUGCAGUGGUGCUUCGUGUGGUCAAGCAGCUGCUUUCUGCCUGCCUGGGGAACACCAUUAGUGAACCAAAGCCUGGACAGUUGCUUUGCCUGGCACUAUGCUUGGGCUCCCUGGUACCAAUAGCACGAGGCGAUGAGGAGCUGUGGCAAAUGGUGGUCAACAGUUGCGCCCUCUUCUGCCAGGACCUCCAUGCAGCUGACCCAGACACCUGCUCCUUUGAGGUGCGAUGUGUGUGCACCAGCCUUGUGGUGUGCAGUGCCGCUCAGGGGCUGCUCUCUCUGUCCAGUGUGGAAGAGCUGCUCCUUUGGUUUGAGAAGAGGCGCCAGGAGGACCCACAGUGCCAGGGCACGGCUCUGUCGGUAGGCCUGCUGGUGCGCACCCUGGUGGACAAGAAGCACCCGAAGGGGCCCCUGCUGUGGUCGUCACUGCUGCCCCAUUGGGUGGAAACCAUGCUUGCCCAGAACCACCCAACACUGGGACGGCUGGCAGCCCUGCGGGGACUCUCCAUGAUGUUGGGGGCCAACAACCAGUUCAUGGUUGGCAUUGAGGCAGCAGACGAGCAUCAGUCUGAGCGGCGUCAGGUGCAGGAGCAGCUGGUGCGACUGCUGUCACGCUCGUCAGCACGAGAUGUCGCCCUGGCUGGCUGUGCCGCCUGGACUGUGGGACAGCUCAGCACUGGAAGCCACACUGGAAGUGCCUCAUCCGUGCCUUUGAGCUAUUCGUACCUUGGAGAGGCCAGUGUGCUGAGACCCCUGGUGGAUUUUCUGGCUGCAUCUAUCAAAACAGGUUCUUGGAAUGGCCGCGUGAAAGCCAGCCUCAGGGCCCUGGAUCAGGACUUUGGCCGUGCCCUGCCACCACUCAACUGGACAGCACUGCUGGUUCCGCUUCUUCGAGACUGCCCCUCAGAGACGGGGCUGCCAGAUUUGGUGUUGGGUGUGGCACUGCGGAGCGCUUCCUCUUCACCAGCCAUGGCCGCUUUGCUGGCAACAUGCGUUGCUCCACCUCUGCUUCAUUCACUGCCAAGCUCUUCUGCGGAGCGCUUGCUGUGUGGGCUGCCCACGGUUGUGAAGUCAGCACCACGCAGCAAGUUGGGGCCUUUCCUGGAGCUGGCCGCUGUCCGUGCCCUUAAGCCAGGAGGUCUAGUGAUUCUCCAGGGUGUAGAGACUCUCCUGGGUGAUGAUAGUUCUGAGCUGCCCCCUGGUGCCAGGGGUGCCCUCUGUGAGGUUCUCACUGCGGUGGCACGAAGGUGCCAGGAAGAUGUGUGGGAUGCCCAGCAGAGGGCACUGCUGCCGGCCCUGGGACGCUGUGCAGUGCGACUGACACCGGACUCCAGGGCGGCUCUGCUGGAUGCCCUCGAAGACUUGUCGCUGCUCCUUGCCCUGCAGUGCCACUUAGCAGCGGCAGGGAAAGCCCCACCUGGGUGCAACAUUUUCUCCUUGGCCACCAGUCUCGGUGGUGAUAGUGACGGACAGGUGCUGUGGCUGCUGAGCCAGUGCUUACGCUUCCCUGAGCCAGUGGCCGAGGAGAUUGGCCGGCAAAUGCGUUGGUUUGCCGACUGCCUCGUGGCAAUCAAGGAGGGUGCCUUGCAACAGGAACACAAGCUACUCCGCUUCCAGCUGCGCCUGUUGUCUCUCGUCACGCUGGUGCUGUCAAGAGUACAACUACCAGUGUCAUCUCGGCUUGCUGCUUGUGGCCACCUUGAGCCAGACCUGUGGUCUUUGCUGCCCGAAGCUCUGGCCACCCUGUUGCUGGGCGCACAGUCAUGCUGGCGGGAUGUGAUAAAUAUGGUACUGGAGUGGCUGUCCGAGAUGUUGGCAUUGGAGGUGCCGACUGAUGUGCAUCAGCUGCUGCUGUCCUGUGCCUGCCGUCUACGGUGCACACCUGAAUAUGGGAGUACCUGGACACAGCUACUCUCUGGCCCGCUUGCCUAAAACCUGUGUCAAAUAAACGGUGCCUUCCCA